CUGCCUGACCUCCCGUACGGUUACGACGCCCUCGCUCCCAUCAUUUCUGCGGAGAUAAUGGAACUCCACCACAAGAAGCACCACCAAGCCUACGUCACCGGCGUGAACAAGGCGCUGGAACAGUAUGCCGAGGCGGAGCACAAGGGGGACGUGCCCAAGAUGAUCUCGCUGCAGCCCGCCAUCAAGUUCAACGGCGGCGGCCACAUCAACCACAGCCUGUUCUGGAACAUGCUGUGCCCGGAGAAGGAGUUCCAUCCCCCCAGCGGCGCGCUGGAGCAGGCCAUCGACGCCCAGUUUGGCGCUCUGGACGGAAUGAUCUCCAAGUUCAUCGCCGCCACGGCCGCCGUGCAGGCGCGCACCUGGCAAGGAGGCAGCGGCUGGGGCUGGCUGGCAUACCACCCCGAGGCCAAGACACUGGUCAUCACCACCACGCCCAACCAGGACCCGCUGCAGCCCACCACCGGCCUGGUGCCGCUGCUGGGAGUGGACGUCUGGGAGCACGCCUACUACCUGCAAUACAAGAACGCCCGCCCCGAUUACCUCAAGGAGAUCUGGAGGAUUGUGAACUGGCGCGACGUGGGCCGGCGCUAUGAAGAUGCCACCGGUGCUUGA